AUGAACACCUGCACCCACUACGUGACUACCUGCGCCCACCCCAGGAUACUUCCUCCCGUGGGGCCGGGAGGGAACGCAGAGCGUGAGGACGGCAAGGCGCUUCGGGGCCGCGCCGAGCCCAGCCGCUUGGAACCGAACCGCAGCGGAGCGAGCCGAGCCGAGCCGAGCUCAACCGAGGCCAGUCGAACCGAACCGAAGCGGAGCGAGCCGAGCCGAGCCGAGCUCAACCGAGGCCAGUCGAACCGAACCGCAGCGGAGCGAGCCGAGCCGAGCCGAGCUCAACCGAGGCCAGUCGAACCGAACCGAAGCGGAGCGAGCCGAGCCGAGCCGAGCUCAACCGAGGCCAGUCGAACCGAACCGAAGCGGAGCGAGCCGAGCCGAGCCGAGCUCAACCGAGGCCAGUCGAACCGAACCGCAGCGGAGCGAGCCGAGCCGAGCCGAGCUCAACCGAGGCCAGUCGAACCGAACCGAAGCGGAGCGAGCCGAGCCGAGCCGAGCUCAACCGAGGCCAGUCGAACCGAACCGAAGCGGAGCGAGCCGAGCCGAGGCCAGUCGAACCGAACCGCAGCGGAGCGAGCCGAGCCCAGCCGAGUCGAGUUGAACCGAAGCGGAGCGAGCCGAGCCCAACCGAGUCGAGUCGAACCGAAGCGGAGCAGAGCGAGCCGAGCCCAGCCGAGUAGAACGGAACCGGAGAGGAGCCAGCCGAGCCCAGCGAGUCGAACCGAACCGGACCGAGAGGAGCCGGGCGGGACCGAAGCGGCUGAGAGAGGCUUGGCUGUGCCUGGUGGUGCUGCUUCUGCUGCUUCUCGGCCCGGGAAGGACCUGGCGCACAUGGACGAGCAGCAGGUGACAGGGGACCCCUCGUCUGUCACCCCUCAGUUCGUGCCACCCCCCGAGGCCACCGGCAAGGACAUCAUCCCGGUGUACUGCUCCCUGCUGGCCGCCGUGGUGGUGGGGCUCCUUGCCUACGUGGCCUUCAAGUGCUGGCACACGUGCAGGCAGAAGCAGCAGCUGGCCAAAGCCCGGGCGGGGGACAUGGGGACGUCGGCAGAAGGGGAGAAGCUGCACAGUGACAGCGGAGUCUUCCUGGACACCCACAGCCUGCAGGAGCCCCACCAGCCCGGCAAGGCGCCCCGUCCCGAGGGCCACCCUCUCCGAGGGCUGUCCCCACAGCGUCAGGAGGAGCUGGAGCAGCUGCUGGAGGCUGGGGGCACGGGUGGGGACUGGCGCUCGCUGGCCACCAGCCUGGGCUUCAGCCCCGACGCCAUCGGCACCUUCGGCCGCGGCCGCGCCCCCGCCCGCACCCUGCUCAGCGCCUGGGCGGCCACCGAGGGGGCCACCGUGGACAGCCUCUGCCAGGCCCUGGCUGCCAUCGGCCGGCAGGACGUGGCCCAGCGCUUGGUGGCACCUGGGGAUGCCACCUCUGUGGUGUGACCGCAGGUCACCGAGGCACGGACCUGGGGGGGGCUCAAUGGCCAGGGGACACCAUCUCCAGAGACUGGGACCUGGGGUCCCCCAAGGGCCAGGACUGGGGUGACUUGGGGUCUCCAGGACUAGAGGACACCAUGUCCAUGGUGCCACCUGGGGUGCCCAAGGCCCAUGACCGGGAGUUGCUAGCAUCUACGGAGUGACUCAAGGUCCCCAUGCCCAGGGGCCACCAUGUGCACAGUGUGACCUGGGGUGCCCAAGGUCUCCAUGCCCAGGACACACUGUGUGCAGUGUGACCUGGGGUACCCAAGGUCUCCAUGCCCAGAGGACACUAUGUGCACAGUGUGACCUGGGGUAUCCAAGGUCCCCAUGCCCAGGGGACACCAUGUGCACAGUGUGACCUGGGGUGCCCAAGGUCUCCAUGCCCAGGGGACACUGUGUGCACAGCGUGACCUGGGGUAUCCAAGGUCCCCAUGCCCAGGGGACACCAUGUGCACAGUGUGACCUGGGGUGCCCAAGGUCUCCAUGCCCAGGGGACACUGUGUGCACAGCGUGACCUGGGGUGCCCAAGGUCCCCAUGCCAGUGGAUGUGGUAUAUGUACACUGUGUGACCUGAGGUGCCCAGUGUCCCCAGGCCCAGAGGACACCACGCCCACAGUGUGCCAGUGUCCCCAGCAGGGAGUUCCCGGCGUUGUCCUGCCAAAUAAGGGAUUUUUGUAAGUGGGUUUUGUACUUUUGUAGGGGUGCUGGGGGGGGGGUGGAACUGGUGAUUUUGGUGGCCCCUGCAUGGGGACAGUGGCAGAGCUUCAGGGAGAUGGUUGGUCCCUGGGCGGAUUGCAUUAAACUGUCACUUGUGUGUCACCAGGAUUUGUGUUCGUGUCCCUGUAGGCGUUGUGGCACCAGGAGGUGUGUCCUUGGGUGUCCCCAGGAGUGUCCCUACAUCUCUGGGAUGUGUCCCCAUGUCUGUGGCACCAAAACAUGCAUCCUCAAGCACCCACGUCCCCCUCUGUGUCCACUUGUCACCCUUGGACUUUAGUCCUCAGGAGUGUCCCACCCCCACAUCCACAAGGAGAGCAGGGAGGUGGUGGCACCCUCAGAGGCCCCCAAGAAGGUGGCUCCAU